UAAAUGUCAAAUGUCAAUGUAAAAUGAAUGUUUUGCCCAGUGCCCAGUGAUCAAUUAAGUAUAUACAGUUAUAUUUGUCACGUAUUUUAAAUUGUAUGUUACUGAUGAUUUUUUCAUAAUAUAAAUAUAUAAAGAUGGGGAAGAUGAAAUGUAUUUACAUCAUUUUCAGCUUAUCAUGCUUACGUUACGCGAGCAUGACGUACAUACAAGCGGAACCUGAGUUUGAUUUGCUUAUAUUUACCCAACAAUGGCCAGCCACUGCUUGUAAAGAUUGGAAAAAACAUGAUUCUUCUCACACCUGUGUCAUGCCAAGUAAUGUAGAUACUUGGACGAUUCAUGGUAUAUGGCCUACCAAGUUCGGCACUAUAGGGCCAGCAUUUUGCAACAGAACUUGGCUAUUUGAUCCUGAAAAGAUAAGGCCUAUUGAGGACCAACUUGAACAGCUCUGGGUCAAUAUCUUUGGAGGAACUUCACUCUACUCCCUAUGGGCUCACGAAUGGAGUAAACAUGGAACUUGUGCUGCCGUUUUAGAACCACUAAAUUCUGAAUUGAAAUAUUUCUCUACUGGUAUAAAUUGGUUGCAGAAGUAUUCUAUGUCCAAUAUACUAAAAGCAGAAAAUAUUGUUCCAUCAAAUACAAAGGAAUAUUCUAUCGUCGAUAUAAAUAAAGCUAUCAAAGAUAAAAUCAAUGUAGACCCUGUUAUUGAAUGUAAAAAAGAAGAUGGUGAGAGCUACAUAUCAGAUAUUCGUAUUUGUUUCACAAAAGAUUUUAAAAUUGCUAACUGUGACGGAGUUGUGUCCCGCAAACUGAUUGGUGAUCAGUCCAUUCUAACAAAUUGUAAAACAUCUGAGAAUAUUGUCUAUCCUCAUUAUAACAAAAAGAGCUUUUAUGUCCAAGUGUACAAAUUAGUUUCGUGGUUGCAAUGGUUUACUUUAUAAAUACAUUAUUUAAUUUAUU